AGUCAUCUGUUUCUGGUUCUAUGGCUGAUUGUGGAUUCUGAUAUGUUUUCCAUUACCUUUUUCUAUUGGAAAAUUGAAUAGUCAGUAUCCCGAUUUGAAUUCCGCUUGGUUUCCAUUGUCUUCUCUCUGGCUGGCUUUUGAGAAAGAGGGUCCAAUAUCUGUGUUUUGUUCAGUUCUCCUGAGCUUAUCGAGUAUGAGUUUUACCAAAAUGAGAAUCUGAGGUCCGAUUUCAUGACAAAUUCUUAGACGGCGCUAAGGAUCGAAUAAUAUAGUCUGCCGUUUAUUGAGUCUGUUGAUUUCAAUCUUACUGUUUGGCGAGUUUCUGUUAUGGUGUAGGAAUUCGAUGACUUCUCGCUGAGGUUUAGGUGGCUUUAGCUCCUUCCAUUGGGUAGUCCAAUUUUCGUAAUUCCUUUCUUGAUGAUGGGGCUGAGAUUCAUAAGGGUGAUAGCUAGCACUGAGAUUUUGAUGGCAAAUGCAGUGGGGUCAAAUCCUCGCAGAUAUGAAGCGAGCAGUUUCUAGAAGGACUCCUUUGAUUCUGCCCAUCCUAACUAUGCGAAUUUUAGUGCACUGGCCUCUAAUGGGUUGAAAAGAUCUGUGUACUCAUUAAAAGGGUAAAUUAGAAAUGGCUAUUGCUGGACUACAUAAUCUGUCUGUGCUUGACUCUUCUUUUCUUAGGGAUUCCCACUCUCAAUCCCCUAGGAGGCGAGAAGAUGGAGGGAGUGGAAGCACCCGAUCUUCCUCAAUCUUGCAAAUGUGGCGAGAGAUUGAGGAUGAGCAUGUGGUGGGUCAAGUCCAAGGAAGACCUGGCGACGGAUUACUUCAGCAAAGGAGUGAUGAGUUCAUUACUGACCUCUCACAGGCAAGUGUGCCCGGUAGCCAUGACACAGGAGAGAGGCAUGUGGUAGAAGAUUCAAUUUUGGGUGAGACUGAUUGUGAAACAUGGUCACAGUCACAGGGUCAGCUUGAAUCUCCUGAUGAGCAGGAGGAAUUAAACAAUUGUAGUUGUGAUAAUUCUUCUGAUCUUGGAGAAGUUGAAAGGGAAAGGGUGAGGCAAAUUUUCAGGGAAUGGAUGAAAAGUGGUGCUGGGGAUCAAGCCACAAACAUUCCCCAAGGUCAUAGCAGUUCAAGAUCAGAAUGGCUCGGUGAAACUGAGCAGGAGAGGGUGAGAAUCAUAAGGGAGUGGGUACAAUUGAGUAGCCAGCAGAGAGUUAUUUCUUCUGGGGACAACAGGGAAGAACAAUCAGCUGAAUUUGGUACCCAAAUAGAGCGAGUUCGUGAUGGGUUUGCUGUGAAUCAGAGCGAGAGUCAAACUGAGCAUAUGCGAAGGGGUAUCCGUAAAUUAUGUGGCAGACAGGUUAUGCUUGAUAUGCUUAAGAAGGCCCAGAGGGAAAGACAAAAAGAAGUUCAGGAAUUGUUGGACCAUAGAGCUGUAUCUCAUUUCCCUCAUCGCAACCGCAUUCAGGCAUUGCUCAGGGGUAGGUUCUUGAGAAAUGACAGAUCAAUUGAUGUUAACCGGUCCACUUCCAUAGCUGAAAGUGAAUUAGGCUUACUGAGACAAAAACAGACUGUAUCAGGUCUAAGGGAAGGGUUUUUCUCUGGGAAGGACUAUUCUGGUAGCAGUCAAGUAACUUGCACUCUUUCAGAUACCUCAUCUAACAAUGGCAUUGAUAAUAAUUCAAAUGAACAAACUGACUCGGGCAGUUUACAUUCAGUCUCAAUUGUACAUUUUGAACAGUCUGAACCUACUGUUGGAGACAGUGAUGGAGUUGGGAUCUUAGAUGGUCAGAAUUUUACACGAGAAAUCAUUAAGGAAAAUGUAGAUUGUCAAGAUUCCACUGCUCAUAUAGAAGGAAGGUCAUCACAGCUCUUGGAAAAUGAGUCAAAAGAUUGCCAAUCAUCAUCCAGUGUUGGGAUGGGAAGAAGAGAUGAUUGUGGGCUACAUGUUGUUGAAAUGACAGUUGAAGAUACCACCGAUAGACUUAUGCAACAGAAUUGUCAGAUUGGAGUUACAGAACAUAGCAAUAUACAGGGAUCUGAUGAGGUAUAUCCUGAAGAAUUUGAGCCAAGUGUCAUGAGCAAUGAUGAUAAUGAUUCAUCAACUCAUAGUGAUGUUAUGGAAGCAAUAGCAGCAGACAACGAAAAUAGGUCUGUAUCUACUGCUCCGGAAGAACAGCAGCAGGAAGAACUUAUUGAAAAUGAAGGAAGUGAUGGGCACCAGAGAAAUGGCAUAGAGGAAAGUCUGGAUGAUAAUCAUCCCAGUGGUACCUCCAAUGAGUGGCCUCAAGACAUUUUGGGCAAUGAAGAUGGUGAAAACUCUCAUCUACCAGAAGCCCCAGAAAUGUGGCAAGAAGAUGGUGGCUUUCAGGAGGCGGUGGAAAAUUGGUUGGGUGGACCUUCUGAUCAUGAAGCUGCUCCAGUUGGUAGAAUUCAUGGCUUUUACUUUCCAGAUGAUGACAAUGUGAAUAGCGUGGAACUCAGGGAACUGCUAAAUAGGAGAAGUGUUUCUAACCUCCUUCGCAGCAGUUUUCGUGAAAGUCUUGACCAGUUGAUACAGUCAUAUGUUGAAAGGCAAGGUCAUGCUCAUGUUGAGUGGGAGCUGCAAGAAACAACCCCUUCUUCUGCCUCAGUUGAGCAGGACCUGGAGCAGCCACGUAGGGAUCAGAUUGUUGGUCAGGAGGAUACUAUCAACAGUCCACUUGACCAGCCCUCAUCACCAACACCUCCUCAACCUCUCUGGGAACGACAUUCACAUCAUGACAAUUGGUCACGAGCUGAUAUGAAUAACCAGCGUCUAGGAAUUGGGCAUUCAUUUCCUUUGGAGUGGGAGAUUAUCAAUGACUUGAGAAUUGACAUGGUGAGGCUACAGCAAAGAAUGAAUAAUAUGCAGAGAAUGCUGGAGGCCUGUAUGGAUAUGCAGCUUGAGUUGCAGCGCUCAAUAAGACAGGAGGUUUCUGCAGCCCUAAAUCGCUCAUCUGGUUCAUCAGAUGUGCAUGACCAUGAUUCACCUGAUGACAAGUCUAAAUGGGAAUGUGUGAGAAAAGGCCUGUGCUGUAUUUGCUGCGAGAGCAAUAUCGAUUCUUUGUUGUACAGAUGCGGGCACAUGUGCACAUGUUCAAAAUGUGCCAAUGAGUUGUUCCAAAGUAGGAGAAAGUGUCCAAUGUGUCAAGCACCUGUUGUGGAGGUGAUACGUGCUUAUUCUAUACUAUAACUUUGACGUGAAUAUAAUGGCCACACUUUUAACACAAUACAGGAACCUGACCGGUAGUAGAUCCUCGACAUUUUCCAGGAAUAUUUUUUCCCUUCAAAUUUCGUGAUAUCUGUAUUUAUGCUGAGUGCACAGAUGGAACACACUAGCAUUUUUUCCGCCCAUGUCUGAAAUGAAUAAAAAUAAAUAUGCUGUGUAGGAAGUUCCCUUCUUGACGUCUUGUUUAGGAGGGAUCUUGGUCAUUCAUUUCGUGUUUGCUGACUAGAGAAGAGAGGGGGAAAAAAGAAGAGAGGGGGGGGGGGGGGUUGUACAGUGUGACGUGGGGCUUGAAGUUUCGUCGGUUGAACGGGAUCGUCAGGGGCCCGCGUAUAUGUUAUCGUGAUGAUUUAUCUUGGAAUUCCUUCCUUUUUUGGAUGUACGUAUGUAGCAGGUUUAUUAGUUGAUUAGUUGAUAUGGCCUGACAAAUGAUUUAGAGCUCAUCAGGAAAGGACCUGCGGAACUUAUAUUAUCUAAAAUUUUCUUUUGCUGAGCUGGCAGUCUGGCAAGACAACUAAUAUUGAUAAGCCUUUUUCACC